AUUGUGAGUGUAAAUGGCCCGGUCGUGUGGUUGUUAGGAGUGUUGUGGUCCAUGUGAAUGUUUACGCAUUUUUCAUCAAAAUAUGUAACAAACAAUAGUUAACAAUCAUUUCGAACAGUGCAAAAAGGUGCCGUUUAAUAUUUGGUCUAUUAUUUCAAAGUAUAUCGGAUCGGUGGACCGUUUAUUAUUGAUUUUUUGUGUUUGUUUUGCCUACGUGAAUAUUUGUGUGUCAGUAAUGGCCGCGUGAAAUAUAUAUUAAGAGCCUCAACAUGAUUUUUAUAAACUUUUUUUGCUAAGAACGGCCCUUUUUAUCGGUGCAAAUUUAGUUUUUGUUGCUGCUUCUCGAAUAAAUUCUAACAAUGGGUGAAAAUCCUCAUAGGACACACAAAAUUAUGGUGUUUCGACCAACCUGGGAAGAGUUUAAGAAUUUUGGAAAGUAUGUUGAGUAUAUGGAGUCCAUGGGUGCACAUAAGGCUGGGCUUGCAAAGGUGAUUCCACCACCAGAAUGGGUUCCAAGAAAGAAUGGCUAUAAUGUUGAGGAAUUAAAUGUUACUAUUCCUGCCCCAAUUUGUCAGGUAGUGACAGGAAAACAAGGUCUUUAUCAGCAGAUCAAUAUUCAGAAAAAACCAAUGACAGUUAAACAAUACCAAGAUCUGGCAAAUUCAGAACGCUACGCAACUCCUAGACACUUUGACUAUGAAGAUUUAGAAAGAAAAUAUUGGAAAAAUAUCACCUAUGUUGCCCCUAUCUAUGGCGCUGACGUCUCUGGCAGUAUAACAGAUAAUGAUGUUAAUGAAUGGAAUAUAAACAGAUUGGGGACCAUAUUAGAUUAUGUAAAUGAAGACUAUGGUAUAUCAAUAGAGGGAGUUAACACUGCUUAUUUAUACUUUGGAAUGUGGAAGACUACAUUUGCUUGGCAUACAGAGGAUAUGGACCUCUAUUCCAUAAACUAUUUACAUUUUGGGGCACCUAAAACAUGGUAUGCUAUUCCACCAGAACAUGGGAGAAGACUAGAACGUUUGGCUAAUGGCUUUUUUCCAUCUUCAUAUAAAAAUUGUCAAGCCUUCUUAAGACACAAGAUGACACUUAUAUCUCCUCAGAUUUUGAAACAAUAUUCUAUUCCAUAUAAUAAGAUUACUCAAGAAGCGGGGGAAAUAAUGAUAACAUUUCCUUAUGGAUACCAUGCAGGCUUCAAUCAUGGCUUUAAUUGCGCCGAAUCAACGAAUUUUGCAUGCGAACGUUGGGUCGAGUAUGGUAAGAGGGCCACACAAUGCACUUGCAGCAAAGAUAUGGUGAAAAUUUCUAUGGACACAUUUGUUAAACGGUUUCAACCUGACCGGUAUGAAAAAUGGUUAAAAGGUGAAGAUGUAGGACCUCAUCCUGAAGAGCCUGACCGCAAAGUAGCCGCGCCUUUACCGAUGCCUCAAGAUAUUUUAUGUAAUAAAAAUAACCCUAGCUUACCUCAGAGUUAUGUCGAAGGACCUUUGAAGAAAAAGAAAGGUAGAAUGAUGGCUGGCUAUCCCAAUUUUGAUGAGUUACCUACCGAACUUCAACUGCAGCUAAUGGAGGAAGAUAAUUUGACAUUUAGUGACGACAUUCCGCCUGAUGAACAACAAAUGGAGGUCUUGGAGGAUAUCUGGUUAAAGGCCGGGGAAAUAGAAGCUGAAGAUGUUGAUAUUUGUGAUGCGGGCUAUAAUGUGAAAAAAAGCAGAAAACUGGUUCAAAAAAAGCGACGAGGUCGGAAACCCAAAAAGAAGGACGCUAUUGAGGGUGAAGAAGGUGGAUCGAAAGAUGAAUUGGAACCAAAAGCGAAGAAACAAUGCGGGAAAAUCGUUUCUCUUAAGAAAGGUCCCACAAUUGAUAAGGACACUGAAGAGUUGGUUAAAUCGUUGGUGGCCAGUGAGACCCUCAAGCUUAAAAAGCCAAAACACAAGGAGCGAACAGAAGGCAAAGAAAAACUCAAGAAAAAACAUAAGAAAAGAGAAAGUUUGGAUUCUUCAACCUCAACAUCUAUGGACAUAUCAAAGGAUCUUGACGCCUCCCUAACUCCACAAGAUCCUCAACUAGCAGAAACCGAGAGACUGGAAAAUGCCAAAGCUAAAGAAGUAAUAGAUAACAUUAUUAGACAGGCAGAUGAAGAGUAUAAAAGGGAAACAUCCCUUACUAGCACUAGCACUAAUACAGCCUGCUUAAAACCAACUACUUCUGCUUCCAGUACUACUACCAGCCCGACCUUCAUAGCAGACGCUCUAAAAUCGUUCAGAAAAAUUCCAGUAGAAAAAUUAAAAAGUGGGAGUAAGACUUUGCUAACGACCGAAGAUACUACAAAACGAGUUCCACCGAUUCAAGGCUUCCACGGUGCUCCGACCGCUACGAAAGGAUUUGAAAAUGAAUUUCUGUCAUUUCUCACUACUGUUAAACCCAAAAAGAAAGAUAUCUUGCCUCUCUCGAAUAUAGUGCCUAGGAAAUCCGUCAUUGCCGCUCCAGAAUUAAGUUCAUCGGAAAGCAUUUUGAUGAAACUUAAGUCUAACAGUCAAAUAACGCUUAACAGCGCGAGUAAAGUUAAUGAGCAAGUUGGAAUUUUAAAAGAAUUGGCUGCACCCGAAUAUCAUCCCGAUCCGACACCCCCUCAAGCAACAGUGUUUCCGAAACUCGACGCCAUUAACUGUGUACCUCUGCUAUCUAACCAUCAAGGUAUUGCAGAUUUAAGUCUAUUUGAUCAGCUACAAGGGAACAAUCGUAAUCCGGAUUCAAGCAAUCAAAAUUUCUUUUAUACUCCUCCACAACCUGAACCAAGUUACGUGAACCUGCAUACCAAUCAAAAUCCAAGACUAUUAAUACCCUCUGGUUCAGAUGAUAACACUAUAACGUUGUAUUCAGCGCCAUCUGGAAAUACUUCGGAUAUACCUCAGUUGGCCACAACUUGUAUGCUCGCCAGUAAUCAGGUGGCUGUACCUGUCAAUAAUAUUUUAAGCAAUCCACAGAUAGUCAAGCAAAAUGUGGUGAUAGUAAAUUCAAAUUCUGCUGAUCUGAAAAACAUGAUUCGCUUACAACAUGUGAAGAAUCAACCUGUUGCCAUACAAAAGCUAGUUCUGCCUCCAGGUUUGUCACUUGGACCAGUGGUUUUGAACAAACCGAAUGUUUAUAGAUGCUCCGAGACUAUUUACGACAAUAAAGAUCGUUUUAUGCCGAUGACCAGUCAACCUAUUAAGUUAGAUCAAGAAAGCAAACCUGAUCCCGAGCUAGAUAAAUUAUUACAAGAUUUAAGCUCUGAAAGUGACGGUCUAGGUCUCGAAUAUGGAAUAGAUUUGAGUGAAGAAGCCAGAUCUGAAGUGGUUAUUGAAGAAGUAGCAGAGGUGCCUGAAAUCGAACGCGACGAGACGGUUGAUGAGGAAUCCGUUAAUGUUGAAAAUCUUUUAAAUGCAGUUGAAGAUAUCGCUAUGGAAUUUGUGCCAGAAUCGAAUCCAAACGGGUCAGGGCUGUCGAUAGGUGAUGAAAAUGUGAUAGUAGAUAAUAUAAAUGAGGAUAUUAUGCUUGCCGGGGAGGAAAUAAUUAAUAGUCAGGGUCUAAAUCAGAAAGUGAUGGUUGAAAAUAUUCAUAAUAAAUAUUUAGAAAGCUUAACGCCGAUCGAUUACGAUAAUAUUUCAGGAAAAAGACUUAUUAUUAAGAUUGACCGGCAAAAGGACGAGUUGAUUACGAAUUUAGCUGAAAAUCAACAGAAGACCCUAGAAGUAAAAGAACACUCCAAAGAUAUAAUUGAACAGACGAAGUUAAACCAGAAGAAAAGUAUGGAUUUCAAAAACCAGAAACUAAAACCGGAAAACUUAGAAUUCCAAAAGCCUAGACCGUUGGAAAAGCAUCACACAAAACAUUCCGGCAUAGGUCAAAAGUCGACGAAAUCGAAAAUUUUAAAGAGCAAACUGUUUCGGCUUUUUAUAAAGUCCAAACAGAAGGCAGCGUCUCCUAAAAUGGAUUUUUCAGAAAUAAUCGGUCUCAAGAAGAAAGGAAAACAAUCUAAAAUAGAGAAGCAGAAGAACAUAGACAUUUUGAGGGAACUAAUAAAAUUCUGCCGUACGCAUGUAGGUGGUGCGAAGAAUCGGGUUCCGCCAAUACCCGACUUAAACACCCAAACCAAACCCAGUAUGGAAGAACAAAAAGCAGCUUUAACACCGAUGAAUCUUACGGUGGAGGUCGAUGACGUCUUGGGAUAUCUGCCGGUUGCUGUGCGGCAACGUUUAAUGGGCGGUUUACCACUAUGCGACGUUCGGUCUUUGCCAGCUUCUUUGAUGGUGAAAGAAAACCGAACAACAAAGGCAAAAGAUGGAGGCAAGACAUCACGAAUCGAUCGGCUAAAGGCUCACAAAGAGAAGUUAAAUCGUGUUCCGAUCGCGCUCGGAGACGAAGUGUGGGCAAAACACAAGAACAACCGCUACUACAAAGCAAAGGUGUCCAAUAUAAGUAGCAGUUAUAAGUUUUGCGUGUUAUUCACAUGCGAUCAAAGUUUUUCCAAAGAUAUUACGCUGGACCGCUUGGUUGGUUGGCAAGGAUCGAGACAGGGGCCCAAUAAUGGUGAUAUGGUCCGGUUAAGGUGGACGGACGGUGAUAUUUACGAGGCCGAGUGUGUAGGCCGGGUAGAUAAUUGUAUAUAUACAGUUAUAUUUGAAGAUGUUAGUCACCUAGAUUUGCGCAGAGAGAACCUCUAUGCCUUAACGGAGAGUAUUCCAAAGCGAAUAGCAUCAAAACUGUCAUAUGCGAGCGAAAUGCACCACAGAGAACACCUAUACGACCUGGAGCGACAGCUGCCUCAGAAGCGACCCGUCAAGAAGAAAGCCUUUGAGUAACACUACAUUAGUAAAACUUUUCGUUUUAAUUUAAAAGACUGAUGUACUGAAGUUUAUUAAUUAUUUUUCUGAUUAAGUUGCUAUAGACGUACUAAUAAACCUUAUGGACAAUAUGAUUUUGUAAAACCUACUUAAGAAUUGGUGAUAUCUUGCUAGGUCUGUUCAAUUUUCAUUUUUAAUGUUUGGUUGCUCUGACCAAACAGAUUGAAAAGAUAUACGUUCUUAUUAAAUGCAAAUCUUGACUUGUUGACCUAAACUUAUAUAUUAUUUGUUCAUAAUGCUUUGUAGUACAAUUUAGUAGGGCGAGUUAGGUUCCGUUAAGGAAAAUAUAUUAUUUUUAUUAUAAGUACUCGCCAAGAAAUAGUGUUUCAUGAGUAAAUUCAUUUAACAUUGUUUUAGGGUAUAGAAUCGAUUUGAAAAAGCAAAUUUUCAUGUUUUAGAUAAGUUAUAUGUAAUGCCAACACAUGUUUUUAUUUUCAAGUUUUAUUCUUUAAAAUACAGAUUAUUUACCAGGACAAUACCGUUACUUUAGAUGAUAUCAAUGCUUCAAAUUUAGAUUAUCUGAAUCGGGGUCGCUUGAACUGUGAAAACAUUAAAUUAAAUUAGAAGCGCUUUGAAUAGGGUGGUUUUUUAUGUACAUAGCUGUAUAUAAGGUACUUUAUUUUUUAAACGGUUUUCAUCUUAGAUGCACGUUCACUCAGUUUCGUACAAACAUAAUUACGUUUGUAGUUUUUUUGCCUCUACAUACUGGGCUUUUAAUUAUCAUUGGGGAUUAUAAAAAUAUUACAGUAUAGGUUACGUGAUGCGCAAAAGAUUUAUUUAUUUAUUGUGCAAAAAUAUUAAUUAUGUUUCUGAAUUUUAUUGACCUGGAUUCAGAUAACAACUGCCUACAACCACAUAACUCUUUAUUAUCAAUUUCGAUGUAAACAUGUGAAUUAUUGUGAUGUAAUUAAAAUCGUAUUAACCAGGAAUUUUCGUUUGAGAAAACUCGCAGCACUUUUUUUUUUAAUUACGUAGGUUUUGAUUUUGUGUGUGAUAUUUCGCCCAAUGGAACGUUAACUAACUUAAUUUACUAGAAUAGUUGGGUUUAUACUAUCCACGUUUAGUUCAUGUUCCUAUUGUCGGUACUGUAUUUUAUGUAUAUAAUGUAUUAAUUUAAACAUUGGAUUAAAAAAACCCUUAUUCCUUUAAUAAGAGUUUGUGCAAAUACAUUUUCAUGAGUUUUGUCAAGUAUUAAAGUAAUAUAAUAGAUUCUUUUAACAAAA